AUGGAUACCCUAAUCGUCGAAACACAAGGGCUGCGCAUAGCCGUAGAAGGAUGCGGUCACGGCACCUUGCAUUCCAUCUACGCCUCCAUCCAAGACACCUGCGAACGUCAAGGCUGGGACGGAGUUGACCUUCUGAUCAUAGGAGGAGAUUUCCAAUCAGUCCGCAAUGCCUACGACCUGAACGUGGUGUCCAUGCCAGCGAAAUACCGCGAAAUCGGCGACUUUCACGAAUACUACUCCGGCGCGCGAGAUGCUCCCUACCUGACCAUAUUCAUCGGUGGGAACCACGAGGCCAGCAAUUACCUGUGGGAACUAUACUAUGGCGGAUGGGUGGCGCCGAAUAUCUACUACAUGGGUGCGGCGAACGUGGUGCGCCUGGGACCGCUGAGGAUAGCUGGACUCUCGGGGAUUUGGAAGGGAUAUAACUACAAGAAACAACAUCACGAACGGCUACCGUAUAACCAGGAUGAUAUCAAGAGCAUAUACCACGUCAGAGAGCUGGAUACGAGGAAGCUACUUCAAAUACGGACUCAGGUUGACAUUGGGUUGAGCCAUGACUGGCCACGAGGGAUCGAGUGGAAGGGCGACUGGAAGACGCUGUUCCGGAAGAAGUCACAUUUUGAACAGGACGCUCGAGAUGGGACUUUGGGGAGCGUUGCAGCCAAGCUUAUCCUAGAUCGACUCAGGCCUGCGUACUGGUUCAGUGCACAUAUGCAUAUCAAGUACUCCGCCAUCUGGAAUUUCGAGGAUUCCCCCGAUGUCUCAGCAAAAGCUCAGGCGAAAGAAACUCUACCGAAGAACAAUGAGGAGAUUGACCUCGAUAUGAAUGAUGAUACGCCAGCAAUUCCACAGAUGACGCCAAAGAACGAUGCCGAGAUAGAUCUCGACUUAGACGACGAGGACGAUUCAACGACACCAGCCCAACCACCAACCACACAAGCUUCAAAUGGUGAUAUUUCCAAGCCAAAUUCACAGACUAGCGCAAGUCCGUCUGAAGUGCCCCAAGACAUCCGGAGCCUUCUCCCAGCAGCCUUCUCCCGUCCUGCAAACGGCGGCGCGCACCCACAACCCGAAACCCUCCCACCUCCAGCCGACAUCAAGAACAAAACUACCCGCUUCCUAGCAUUAGACAAAUGCCUCCCUAACCGCCACUUCCUCCAACUCAUGGAAGUCGAGCCACUAAAACCGGCCCCUUUCACCCGCCCGCUCCGCCUUUCAUACGACAAAGAAUGGCUCGCCAUCACGCGCGUCUUCGCCGCGGACCUAGCUCUGGGCAAUCCAGAAGCUCGCAUCCCUUUUGAUCAAGGCGACGCGCACUACCGCCCGCUGAUCGAGAAGGAAGAAGCAUGGGUUGAGGAGAAUAUCGUGAAAUCGGAGAAGAUGCUCGUCCCGGAAGACUUCCACAUCACAGCUACGCCGUACGAUCCCUUGGUAGGGGAGAAGGUUGAUGGACAACCGCUCGAGUACAACAACGCUCACACACAAGGCUUCUGCGACCUGCUACAGAUCCCGAAUCCGUUCCAUGCGGGAACGGAAGAGAGCCGGCAACGAGCGCUGAAUGGGCCUAGGCCGGACUCCCACAGAGAUGGCUUCCGGGGGGGCCGUGGAGGAUCAGGCUUUGGAAGAGGAAGAGGUGGUAGGGGAGGUAACAGAGGAGGUGGGCCGUGGAGAGGCGGCGGUAGGGGCGGCGGGCGCGGACGCGGGGGCCGCGGAUGGUCGUGA